UGCUCUUAUCUUAUGCAGAGGGAGUGGCCACCCGUGGCCCAGCCAUACCAUGUCGAACGCCAUCGCCAAUGGAGUGGCUGGAGCAGGUGGUGGUAUUAUUGCGCAGAUCAUCACUUAUCCUCUCCAAGCGGUGAAUACUCGCCAACAAACAGAAAGGGUGGCCAAGAAGGAGAAGAAGAUCCCCACAGCUGCAGCUGGCACAAUUCUUCAGAUCCUCCAGGUCAUCCGAACGGAAGGUUGGGGAGGGCUUUACAGUGGUCUGAAGCCUUCUCUCUUGGGAACCGCUGCUUCUCAGGGCAUUUACUACUACUUCUAUCAAGUUUUUAAAAAUAAGGUCGAGGCUGUUGCAGCUGCUUAUAAAGCCAGCGGAAGUGGGGAUGGUACUGUUGGUGUUUUUUCUUGGCUAGUUGUGGCAGCAUGUGCUGGUUUCUUAAAUGUAUUGCUGACAAAUCCAAUUUGGGUUCUUGUGACUCGUAUGCAGACACAUACUCAAGCAGAAAGAAAAAUUAUGGAGGGAAAGAAAGAGGCUGUACUUAGGGAAGCUUCAAAAAGUGGCUGGACAGAUUCAACUUUGCACGAUAAAUUGGCUCAGCUAGAUUCAACAAAACCUAGUCCGUAUGGAGCUUUGCAGGCGGCAUAUGAGGUGUAUGAUGAAGCAGGAAUUACUGGAUUUUGGAAAGGCAUUGCCCCUACGCUUAUUAUGGUGUGCAAUCCAUCAAUACAGUUCAUGAUCUAUGAGAGCUCACUCAAACGCAUUAGGGCAAAACGUGUUGCUAAUGAUCAGGGAUUGAAAAAUGCAACUGCUUUGGAGGUUUUUUUAUUAGGAGCGUUGGCAAAACUAGGAGCAACGGUUGCAACAUAUCCACUGUUGGUUGUUAAGAAUGACAUCAGAGCUUCUCCAGAGACCAAAACCCUUUUACUAUUAAGCGCCCAUGCAUGAUUGGGUUGACUGUCGAUGAGAGAGAUCAUUUCGGUGUAUGAGUUAAUGAUGGGUGUGUUGUGGGUGCAAUAGAUGGUUGGAAAAAUGGAUAUAUUUGUCGACUCUGGUAAGGCUAAAAUGGCAGUGGCUGGUGGUGGUAUAAUGUCGGGGAAUAUCAGUUAAGGGGUCCUGGGAGUGUGGUGUAGAUGUGGAUGAGGGUUAUGGGACAUUGAGAUGACCAGAUGGGUUACGGAAAUGUUCGGACUCUUGAGUCUUGACAGUGGUGAGAGGUGGAUGGUGAUGGAGGAGACGUUUCUGCUUUGUGGGGUUAGGAAAUGCAAUUGGCAUUGGUGGACAAUGGUAUUGGGGCAGAGGCGCACACAGAAAAUAUUGGGAGUUGGGUGGUAGAGGGCAAACCUCUGACCAUUUGAUUCAAGGAUGACUCUUAGUGGAUAUAUAUUGUCUGCGAGGCGGGGUUGACACGAAUAUGCAUGUAUGUGUAUAUAGACAUAUAUCGGUAUAGAAUUGUUGCAUAUAAAAAUACAUUGAAAUUACAUGGACACUAUGUGGCAUAGUAAUGUCGUCCACCUCGUUGAACUAGGGUAGAAGUAAACGGUCAGGUUUGGACGAGGAAUAAAUAAGCUAGGAGCCUAAACGAAGAUAGAUCGGUCAAACAGUUGAUGAACGACCAAGAUAAGUGGUGGUAGUUAUAUAAACACCUCAACAUGUGAAAAAGAUUGUUAAACGUGGAAGUUACAAUUCAACAGAACUAGAACGACAUCAGAACGUGGAGUACACGUGUCAGGCCAGAAAGGAAAUAGUUAUUCUACAUUAUCAAGCAGUUGAAAGAACGUGGGACACUUGGCAACAAAUCCACGGAUCCAAUUAUAAAUAUCAGGGUUAAUAGUUUUGUAGAUGACAUGUAUAUAAGUUGAUUUUAUAAUUUACAAGGUCUGAUCAAUCAAGACUCAAACAGAGCAUGUAAUUUCCGUUUUUUAGUGUUUAAUUCAAUUCGGCCUUUUUUUUUUUUCCCUAUUUUCUUCCUCGUGUGUGUGCGUUCCUUGGAGGCCACCCUCUGUCUUGCGUUUGCACCUUUUUUGGGACUUUGUUCCAAGAGGUUUGUCCAUGCACACAUCGUUUGAUCUUAUUUGUUCGCAACACUCGAAUUCCGUCGCAAAUAAGAAUGUAUACCUAUGC